GGCCCGGCCCCAGCUCCUGCUGCUCCUGUGCCAGGAAUUUGAUGGUAAAUGAUAUUGAAGUAUAUGUCUCUGCAGUUUUUUAAAAGGUCCAGGUCUGGAGUAGAAGCCAGUGCCAGGGACACCUGUGCUGUGUCUUUAAGAACACUCUAAUCCUUAAGGAAGUGAUCCUGUCACUCAAGCCUCACUAGCCAAUCAGGAACAUCAGACCAACCCGGCAGUCACAAGUCUUGCAGGACACUUCCCGGAGCCAUGCUGCAGGCUGGGAUUUACAGCAGAACAAGCGCCAGUGGAUUGAUUGCUGUGCUGUGAGUGCCACUGUAGGAGAUUAUGAGGGGAACAUGGAUGAGCACGGAAGCCACAGCAUGGAUGUACUGACCUAUGAUGAUGUGCACAUCAACUUCCCUCAGGAAGAGUGGGUUUUGCUCAAUCCUUCCCAGAAGAGUCUCUACAGAGAUGUGAUGCUUGACACUUACAGUAACCUCACUGACAUAGGCUACAAGUGGGAAAACCAUAAUAUUGAAGAACAUUGUCAAACUUCUAGAAUACACAGAAGGCAUCUUCAAAGACAAGAAAAAAUUCAUACUGGAGAGAAACAAUAUGAAAAUCUUCAAUAUGGUGAAGUCUUUGCAUGUCACAGUUGUCUCCAACUCCAUAAAAGAACAUAUACUGGAGAAAAACCCUAUGAAUGUAAUCAGUGUGGUAAAGCCUUUCCAAAACACUGCCGUCUCGUAAUUCAUAAAAGAACACAUACUGGAGAAAAACCCUAUGAAUGUAGUCAAUGUGGUAAAGCCUUUUCACAUGUCAGCAGUCUACAAACACAUAACAGAACACAUAAUGGAGAGAAACCCUAUGAGUGUAAUCAAUGUGGUAAAGCUUUUGUAAAUCAUGGUCAACUUAAAAUACAUAUAAGAACACACACUGGAGAGAAACCCUACAAAUGUAAUCAGUGUGGUAAAGCUUUUGCACAUUAUGCUGCGAUUAAAAGACAUAUAAGAAUUCAUACUGGAGAGAAACCCUAUCAGUGUAAUCAAUGUGGUAAAGCAUUUGCAAGUCAUGGUCAGCUUCAAAGCCAUAAAAUAACACAUACAGGAGAGAGAGCAUACAACUGUAAUAAAUGUGGCAAAGCAUUUUCACGUCAUGGUAAUUUUCGAGUACAUCAAAGAACACAUACUGGAGAGAAACCCUAUGAAUGUAAUCAAUGUGGUAAAGCAUUUUCACAGUCCAGUAGUCUAAAAACACAUCAAAGAACACAUACUGGGGAGAAACCCUACGAAUGUAAUCAAUGUGGUAAAGCCUUUUCACUGGUCACUAGUCUCCAAUAUCAUAAUGCAAUACAUACUGGAGAGAAACCCUACAAAUGUAAUCAAUGUGGUAAAGCUUAUGCAAGUCGUGGUGAGCUUAAAAGACAUAUAAAAACACAUACAGGAGAGAAAUCCUAUGUGUGUAAUCAAUGCGGUAAAGCCUUUGCACGUGUCAGUACUCUCCAAAAACAUAAAGGAACACAUACUUGAGAGACAACCUGUGAAUGUAACCAUUGUGACAAAGCCUGUGUAUGUAUCAUCAGUCAUUAAAAUCAUGAAUAACAUCAUACUGCAGAGAAAUCCUAUAAAUGUGCACAGUGUGGUAAAGUUGUGCACUUUGCAUAUCACAAUAAUCUUUGAGGACCUGAGAAAAUUCAUACUGAAGGGAAUCUUUCUGUAAAGGAUUUGGUAAGAUCUUCAUCCAACAUAUAUUUAGUUGCACAAAUUCUGGAGGAGAAAAAUAUCUGUUCAAGCAUUAUGAUGUCUAUUUUUUUGCACUUGCAACUCAUAUGGACAAAAGUCCUACAAAUUCACUGAUAAGGUAUCCCUGUUUGAUUUCACUUUUUACUUACCCAAAAACCUUUUUCAGAUUGGUUGAUUUGUCUGAAUUGAAUCCUACAUGCUUGCUUUGUGUUACAUAAACCAAUUCAUGAUGAAGGGAAACAGUUAAGACUUUAAAUGCCUCAACACCUGGGUUACAGGAAUGAAUGCUUACAAGAGAAAGUAUUCACUUGUGGAAAUCUGUUUGGUUAGAGAUUUGAUUUAAUUUUAAUUAUGUGAUGUCAGUGUGUGGGUUUGUGAAUGUUCAUGCUUGUUCCCAAGAAGGUUAGAGCCUUGUGUAUUCCUGUAGCAGAAACUACAGUAAGUUCUCACAAAUCUUAUCAAAAUCCUGGCAAUGAUCUUGUCAUAUUUUUGUUCAUCCAUAUCUCUAAACCUGUACAUAUUUUAAAUCAUUUUUUUAAAAUCAAGUAAUAGAGAACUCAUGGAAGAGAAAACCAAAUUCAUAUAAAUAAUUUGGAAAAGACUUAAUACUUGUCUUCAGUUUCAAUAAAAAAAAAAUGUUUCAUGUCAAGGUGGGUGUUAAUGAGUUUACCACAUCUAUGGUAAAUGAAACGUGGGUGUUUUAUUGGGGAACAACUUAUACACAGAUAAAAAUAAAGAGCAUUCCUGCUCCAGAA